AUGGAGCUCAGAUCCUCAAAAACUCAGGUAUCUCUGGAUCCUGCUACGCUCAAAAAAAGACAGGCAAACGCUACAAAGGUAAAACGAUGGAGAGAAAACCGGAAAAAGGAUAAGAACAGAGAUGAACAACUUAAAGAAAAAGACAGAAACAGAAAACGAGAAGAAAGACAUAAACAACGAAAGGAAGCAACUCACAAUUCCAUGGCGUUGGAGAAUCUGAAAAGAAACAAACUUGAAGAAGUAAAGCGGUAUCGUCAGAGAAAGAAAGAAAAAGAAGUAAACAAAGUUAGAGAAGUUGAACAACACACAGUACUAAAGGAAAAGAAAGUUAUGCAAAAGAAAAUGGUCAUUCAACGAACACAACAAUGGAGAAUGAAAGUAAAACUAAAAGAACAUGGACAAACAAAUGAAGACCAACCUACAGCUUGUGAUAUUACAGAUGCUAGUCCUACUAGAACAAGGUCUUAUUCCUCACGUUUUGCGAGAUAUAGACAGAUGAAAAAAUUAAAGCAACUCUGCCAAAAACGCCAACACGAAAAGCUGAGGUGA